UUCCUGGCAUCACUCCACUCUGUUUCUCUCUCUCUGUUUAUCUCUCUCUGUUUCUCUCUCUCUCUUCCUGGCAUCACUCCACUCUGUUUCUCUCUCUCUCUCAGUUCUGCCGCAGUCGUGUUCAGGCUGGUUUGAUUUGUUGCUGCUGUUGAAUCAGGAGUCAGACACACAGGUACAGUAGUGGUGGGAACAGAGAUGACCACAGUCAAACCAGGCGCUGGGCACCAGGUGACAGGGUCACCGCGGAUGGACAAAGUGCAGCUCGUGAGAGGGAGGAGAGAGGAGAGAGAGAAGAGUCAUGAGGAGUUUUUGCGUGAUAAAGAGCAACGUGUACGGCAGCAGCUGGAGCGUUGUGCCGAUGAACGAGGGAGGAAGAUGGAAGAGCAGAAAAGAAGGGAGGAGGGGAGGAGGGCAUCAGUGGAGGAGAGGAGACAACAGCAGGACGAGGAGGAAAAGGAGAGACUGGAGGCCCUGGUGAGAAGAAGGGAGAGAACAGGAGAGAGGGACAGACAGAUGGGGGAGGACAGCAGAUACCCUAUGGAGAACAGGCCUAAACGCUGGACCUGGGGAGGACCACCCGGAGGGGAAGAGGGUAACCCUAAGACCCCGCCCUCUCAUGCUAUUGGCUCAGCUCUGCCUCAUCAUCCCGCCUCUGCUGCCAGUCCCAACCAAUCCAGGAACGUGUGUGACUUCCUGACACCACCCUCCCCGGACCAGCCAAUCACUAAACGCCUCUCCAACUCUUCAGCCUCCCUGCACUCACCAGAAAGAGCAUCCCCCAGCCCCCAGCGACCGGCCUACAAAUGUUCCCCCUCCAGGAAGGCAAGCAAUGGACCCCCGGAAGACAAGACCCCCAGAACACCCACAACAGAGAGAGGCCCCGCCUCCUGUCUGACUGACUCUUCAAUGAGACGCCUAGAAUCUCCGACCACUCCCACCCGAAGUUCCUUCCCCAGAGCCCAUAGCAAAGCAAUGGGCACGCCCAAAAGGGUGAGGUCGACUAAGAGUCGUGCCCAAUCCCCCUGCUCCCCGGGACAGUACCCUCCCUCCCCCCUCCGCCAGCGACCCCCAGUAACCGAGGGCAACCAUGAGGCCAGGGGUCAUGGAACCCUGGAGAGGAAGUCCUCCAAGCCGGACCCAACAGAGAAGAAGAUCCCCAAGUCCUGCAGCAGAGACCUGGCGACAGAUUCUCCAGGUACACCCACAGGCAGGAACGUUGCCGGGACAACGGAUGCAGAGGAGGCAUCUAGACUGUUGGCUGAGAGGCGGCGUCUGGCCAGAGUACAGAAAGAGCAGGAGGACAAACUACGACAGGAGGAGGAGAGGCUGAGAGCUGAGGAGGAGCUGAGGAGAGAGCAGGAGGCGCAGGAGCGGCAGGCGAGAGAGGCACAACAAGCAGAGGAGGAGAGAGAGAGACUGGAGGGGGAGAGAGAGAGACGGGAGGAGGAGAGAAAGAGCAGAGAAGAGGAGGAGAGAAGGACCAAGGAGAGACGAUGGAAAGACAUGCAGGAUCAGCUGGACCGAGAGAGAGAGGAGGCGUGUCUGCGUGCUCACAGGGAGGCGGAGAGGAAGAGGCAGGAGAGAGAACUGCUGCAGGUACAGGAGGAGCAGGAGAGACUGCAGAGGAAGAAGCGGAUUGAGGAGAUCAUGAAGAGGACGCGUAAGAGUGAAACGGACUCCGCAUCCUCAGGUGUAUGUGAUGUGAACAGGGGCCAGGCAGGGCAGGGCAGGGAGCUGGAUCAGGAUGAGUCCCCUCUCAUCACUCUGGGCCCCCUGGAGAGAAAGAGCUGUGGAGGGGACGAGCUGUCUGACGGGGUACAGUCUAUGGACGUCAGCCCUGUGUCCAGGGAUGACUUGGGUAUUGUUCAGGACUUCUCUCCCGUCAGCGAGGCUUUAAAUAGCAUGAGUAACGCCCGAACCCUGGAGCACCUCCUGGACCUCACCACCCUGCCAGACACACCCCCCUACCCCAGGCUGCAGCCGGGCAGUGCUGCAGCCCUAGGAGACCUCAACAAGAACCUGCUGAUCCAGGGUUAUAACCCCGCCUCCUUAACUAGCUCCUCCCCCAGGUCCGCCCAGCUUCUCCACAGCCUCAGCCCUGGCAAACUGGACGUCUAGUAACCAGGGUAUUGUAUAGGACUAUUGGCUGUUGGGUGAAAAGAGAAGCUAGCAGCAGCAGGGGAGUCUCUGCUCUCCUCCUUCCUCACCAAAACUAGAGAGUGGAACCAGCUCCCUGCACCUCCACCCCUCCUUCCUCAUCAAAACUAGAGAGUGGGACCAGCUCCCUGCACCUCCACCUCUCCUUCCUCAUCAAAACUAGAGAGUGGAACCAGCUCCCUGCACCUCCACCCCUCCUUCCUCAUCAAAACUAGAGAGUGGGACCAGCUCCCUGCACCUCCACCCCCCCCCCCCCUCUCUUCAGGGGAGAGGCCCUCCCCAUGCACCCCUGGACUCCACAGAGAGCAACUGCUCAAUGUCUGGCUCCCCCCUUAUAUCUAUAACUCAACACAUCUACAGCUGAAUUCACCUAUGUAAACACACACUGACAUGUACACACACACACACACACACACACACACACACACACACACACACACACACACACACACACACACACACACACACACCAACACACACACACACACGGUUAAUACUCUCCCAGUAAAGUGAAGCUUUUUCUCUGUGCCCUGACUGUAUGAUAUUGUGUAUAAAGGUGUGUCAGUGUUUGGAGGCUGAUGUAAUGUGGUUGUGUUAUCCUCCUGUAGCAUUAAUUAUGUGGUUAACACUGACCCUGUAGCACCUUCACUGGAGAACACCUCCUCCUGUAUAUACUGUUACACAGCUGUAACUCUAGGUAGAAGUUGUACCUAACCACAGAUCUAGAAUCAGAUUAUUCUAACCCUCAAUAACCUUAACAUUUGGGCAGAUGAACAUUUAGUCUGACCCUGUAUCAGUGGUUAGGGGCAGCCUACUUGUUGUAACGGCUACGUUAGGAGUUUCUUUCUGUCAGUGUUUCUAGUGGUAGUCAGUUAUGAUCAUCACAGCACCACUGACACGCUGUACUACUGUUCACCAGGAGUCUACAAUCGCUAUGUAGAACUCAGCUAGCCAGUCUAAAUGUUUGCAUCCUGCAACUGGCGAAACCUACUCAUCUACAGAUGUGGAUGAUUUAGUAUAGUAAGACAAAAGUCUGGCCUCAGUUGAUAUGCUUCUGUCCACCAGCACGCCUUAGCUUUAGUGGUGCGGAAAAAAAUAUGUGGAACACUGGAGCAUUUCUUAUUAUAAUCUGAGCAAAAAGAAAAGAAAACUGGAACAGUCUUGUAUUUUUUGCUAUUUGUAGGGCUGGGGGAAAUUGAAAAGAUGUGGCAUGUGUUUUUGGCUUGCUGUGUGUGCGCUAGCUGUGGUUUAGUUACUGUUGUGUAACAGUUCUGAAAACACUCAUCCCUACUCUGUUCUGGAAAUACUGUACUCUCUAUCUUGCCUCUGCUCUGAACUGGACUGUAUAUGCUGCAACUCACAGUCCUAAAAACUAGCAGUCAACCUACAGCAGGGGUCUCCAACUUUGGAGCUACUGGGUGGUCCUGGAGCUAUUUGGUGUGCAGGCUUUCGUUCCAGCCCUACAGUAACACACCUGAGUCCAUUAAUCAUGGUCCAGACUGAAGACGGUGAUUAGGACAGGAACAAAAGCCUGCACAUUCAGUGAACUCUGUCCUACAGUAUCUCAUCAGUCUGUGCAAUCGCUCAGUCAGUCAACAGCUAUAUUCACUAUGACUGUGGCUUUACCUCAUGGAGAUCUAUCUCACUACAGAGGACACUUCACAGUCUGCUGUCCACUACUGAGGGGAAUUCGACCAAUCGUACAUGCUUCCUGUACUGUAACGGUCUUGUACCGAUCUUACUGUAACACUUGCCUUGCUUUGCUCUCAGGGCGGGUGUAGGUCAGCAUGUGUGCUCCCUCCCCUCAUGGUUUCAAUCUCUGUUUCAGUUCCCCCUGUGAGGUGCCAACCACUCCUCACGACCCAGCUAACCCUGUGAAGGGCACUGACUAGUGUCUAUAAUGGCUCUAAUGUGGAUGCUGUAUCUCAAUUACUGGACUAGAGUAGGUAAAGGAGUAGGUAAAGGAGUAGGUAAAGGAGUAGGUAAAGGCCUGGAAAGUCUGUUUAGCUUUGCUGUCUUCAGUGCGCUUGACUCUUGAUUUAGUUGCCAUGUCUGUUCGUCCAUUCAUCUCUCUUCCUCUCUCUUUCUGUGCUCGUUCAUAAUCUAAUGCUUUCUUUGUAUGCCAAGGGUAAAUUAAGUAAACUUAAGACUUAAGGUCAGAAUGUUAUUCACUAAAAAUCACUUAACAUUGUCACUGCAGCUUGGUGGAAUAUAUAACUGUAGAAGUGGUGCAUGGAUCUAACUGCUGAAAAAAACAAUAAAAUGUCAUCAAGCCAUA